CGUUAUAAUAUUACCUUUCCUCUUAGAAAGAUACUUAAUGUGUAUUGCGGAAUUUAGCCAUGGGCAAAAUUUCAGUGGCGUGUCCUCUAAAUCAUGUCAUAACUUAAGGUCCUACCUAUUAUCAAUAUUAAAUUAAUACGAAAUAUUUGAAAGGACUGUUUUGUGUUAAGAAUAUUCCCAUGGUGUCGUUGAAGAAGUUUAGAGGUCAGCUACGAUUCUUAGUAUAGAAUCUUCAUGUUAUGCGCGUUGCAUGAGCAUUGCGCGCUCGGCUGCCUUCGAAAGCGCACGUCACAUUGUACCGCUAUGCAAGAAAAAUAAAUUCGUGCACAGAAAUUCGUGUCCGCGCGAUUAUUAAUCAACCAAGAGUAUAAAACUAUUACGAAAUUCGUCAAUCCUUUUCUGGGACCUUCAGUCUACUUCAAUGCCCACUGAAGCCUUUGCGAUUGUGUCACGGCUGAGUUAAAUAUGCAUUUACAUAUGUUUUGGUGAUUAAGUUUGUAAACAAGACUGUCUUUUUUUAUACAAAAUGUGUGGAAGUAAGGCUCUUAUUUCAUUUUCUUCAGUGUUCCUUCCAUUACUUGUGUUAACCGGUGGUUCGGAAAAUGUGGGUCGCGUAAAGCGAAUCCGGUCACACAGUGACGCGGUGUCCCGCGAGCCUGCGCAGGCGCUCGAUGCUCCAGACCCCGAGACACCCUCCGUGCCUGCCCCACCGGCGUUCCUCAGCCCCUCCGUGAAGGAGUACCUGGAAUUAGGAAUGGCUAUACCCGGCAAGCCGGGCACAGACUACCCGGUGCUGGGCGCGGUGCCGUACACCAACUUCUACUGCGACGAGCAAGCCUUCCCGGGCUUCUUCGCAGACAUGGAGACACGCUGCCAAGCCUGGCACUACUGCGACAUCGACGGACGUCAGGCCUCAUUCCUGUGCCCCAACGGGACCGUGUUCUCGCAGGGCGUGGCGUCCUGCGACUGGUGGUUCAACGUGAAGUGUGCCCUGUCUCCUGCUCUCUACCCACUAAACGCGAGGCUCUACCGCCGAAGGAAACAGAGCAAGCCAAAGCCACACCGUCUCAUAGACAGGAAACUUGUAGAAGAAAUCUUUUUGUAGUCGAGUAGCUUGAUAAGUAAUAAUAAUAAUAUAGUAAGAGCCUAUGUAGGUCCCACUGCUGGACAGG